AUGGCUAAGUCCACCAUUUCCAGCUGCAGUUUCCCCUCCAUUUUGCUCCUCUUCCCUUUCUACUCUCUAACCCUAACCCUAAUUGCAACACCCAUUUCCUCUUCUUCGCUCCAAUCCCUUCCCACCAACCCUAAUUUCGAUUCCCAAAUUGCCCUCCUCGGCGACGCCGCGGACGGCGGCGCUUACGUGAACUUAACCCGCACAUCGGCCCCGAGCUCCGGUCUCCUCCUCCGCCGUAAGCCCUUUAAGUUGGUGGAGGCGAAUCUCAGCAAUCCGGUGUCGUUUUCGUCUGAAUUGGUCUUCUCUAUCACUCCCGGCGCCGGCGAUGGGAUCGUCGUCGUUUUUUCUCCCGGCGAUUUGGGGUCCAAAUUCUCCGGGAAAGGCCCAUAUGGGUUUGACGGUGAGAGUCGAUUUCUGGGUAUUGAAUUUGAUACUGAAAUGAAUCAAAAUGUGAAUGAUGUGAAUGCGAAUCAUAUUGGGGUCAAUGUGGGUAGCUUUGUAUCUGUGAUUGUUGGGAAUGUUUCGGAGUUGGGUUUGGUGCUUAAUAGUGGAGAAAAGAUGAAAUCUUGGAUUGAUUAUGAUGCUAGUUCGAAGCGAUUAGAGAUAAGGUUGAGCAAGAUGGGUGAUCCGAGGCCUUAUAAUCCUAUUGUUGCCUAUGGUAUAGAUUUUUCGGCAAUGUGGAAAGAUGAGGAUGUCAAUGUAGGUAUAAGCUCGUCAAAUUCGAAUGGCAGUUCCUCAUCGCAGAUUAGUAGUGUGUACUCGUGGAGUUUUAGGCUGAGAAAUGUUCCGAGGAUGCAUUCGCUUCCGGUGAACCCAAGGGGUUAUUGGGAUGACCAGCAUGGUGAAGAUGCAAGGUUGCAUAAGCCGAUGGCAUGUCCGUUGUCAGUUCUUGCUGGAAUUAUUUUCAUGACUGGAUGUGGAGCUCUGGUUUCGUUUGUUGUGCUGUUUUUGUGGGCUAUAAUUGUUAACAGGCACACGGUUUUCCCUGCUGAGUUUCCGGUGAAGCCUAAUCCUACGGAUUUCAGGUAUGAGAAGAUCAGUGUAGUUGUAGAGGAGGAUGCAGAUGGAGAUGCAGAUGCAGUUGCAGAUGGUGUUAAGAGGUAG